AUGCCGACUUUCGGUAUUGCAACUCGAUGGAGUAAUACUUUUGCGAUGAUCGACCUUUACUGUCGAAUCUACAAGAAGCUGGACCGUGUUGAUGACGACCUAGUCGAUUACGAGAACACAACUCUCUAUCACCCCCCCCCCGUAAAGUUCCCCAACUUCGAAAAUGGAAUAGUCAAGGUUUUGUCGGGGAAGGAGCGAUCCCUUACUCGCACUGAGCGUACAGCCCUGGUGGCUAAGGUGCUGCAUUCCGAUAGCUCGUCCAAAGUGAGAGAUCCGGUGGACCACCAAGUUACCUCUAAGAAGCGAUCGUUUGCUGAGGUUGCGCUUACAAAAGAGGCCGCGACGGCUACAUCCGUCGACCUGGGUUGGGUUCCGCCUACAUCCAAUGAUGUUGAGCGACUGUUUUCGCGAGCGAUGACGCUCAAAACGGUGAUGUUUUUGUAG